CUACCAAGUUUAUUAUGGCGGGUUUCUUCGAAUUUUCCUUUUUGUAUGUUUUCGCUUUGUUUUUGGGAGGAUAUCAUGUCGUGAUUUGUUAAUUUUGCCGGCAGAGUUGCCUUAGCCCAAGAUGAACUUUUCAGAACUCUUCAAACAGACCAACCAACUGAGCAAGUUUUCUCCAAAUGGAAAGUACAUGGUAAUAUUAUGAUCGUUGGUGAUUGCUGUGCACGGAGCUCGCACGAAGUCAUGUACGUUUCGAUACAAGUUAAUGUUCAGUCAACGUGUAAAUAGUUUUGCGUACUUGGCUUAAAGAACGAAGAAUAAUCACUCCAUAUGUUUUUCUCGUUCAGGCGUAGAUUAUACGUAAAAUGGUCGAAACGAGUAACUUCAGUGCUUGAGGUCGUAUCAAAAGAGUGCUUGAGGUCGUGUCAAAACGACUUGUAGCGACAUGACUUUGUAUCGAAACGUCUGUUUUCCGCUCACCAGGGCUGCAAAUAACGGCCGGUCAACGGACAAUGUCCGGUCAAAAAUAGGUUUUGUCCGGUCAAAUCCUUAGAUGACCGGACAAUUUGCCCGGUCGUCUAGGCUGGUAAGGAAAAAAUUUAGAGUUUCAACUUUUAAAUAUUUAAAGGUUCAAUAUUAUUGGCGUUUGUGAAAAAGGAGGGGAAAAGACGGAUACUUAACUACCAGACCAAAAUUUCCGGCUGUCGUGGCUUUGUCAUUCACCAAGUCGUCACCGCAAAUUAGCGGGUCUUACAAAUGUGUACCAGUCACGGGUGUGAAUUACUUGUUUCAUAUUUAAACAUCAUGUGAAGGGGUGAGGGGGUACUUUUAUAGCGAUAAGAUGUAAUCGAUGUUUGUCCGGCCAAAAAUGGGAUAUGUCCGAGCAAAAAUAGGUUUGACCGGACAAUUUGACCGGCGCCAGCCGGGAAAUUAUUUGUAGCCCUGGCUCACACAGUACAAAUUAAUUUUUUUUCUCCAACUAUGACUUCUGGUCAAAUGGUUUCAUUUUACCUUCAAGGGUAACUGCGUUCAGUAUCGAUUGCUUGUUCGAGAUGUAAAAACCCUUCAGAUUCUACAACUCUACACCUGUUUGGACGUUGUACAGUGCAUAGAGGUAGGCAUUAAUGGACUGUAUGUCCAAAUUAGCUAUUUGGGGUCAAAUUUUAGGUAAGAAAAUACCUUUUUGUACUCCCAAACAACACGAGACGCAGAUCAAUACUUUGUGCCAGAAAUGUGCUCUCAAUGAUCUUCAAUAGCCCAUUUUUCAGUUUCAGGUGGAAACGAGGCUUGAGUUGACCUUGUUUCGAAACAUCCAUUCGUGCUUUAUUGUGUAAAUCAUGUUGUUCUUAUCCUAACUAGUAUUUUUUAAGCAUAACUUCCUUUAGAAAUUAAGGAAAGAGGUUUGUAUCAAAACAAGCUCAACCUUGGGCACACAUUCGCUCAAAGCCAAGGGCAUAAAGCCGACAACCAGAAAAUGGCCUAUUUGAAGCUCAAGCACUUGUACAAAAGAGGAGAUACAUUUAUACCUGGGAUGUAUAUAUCGUGGCUCAAUUUAAUCCUUGGUUCAAAGUUUCUUUCUUUCUUUUUCUUUUCUAUUUUUGUCUCUUGUUUUUUUCAAACUCAUCACUGUGACACUAUCAUACAUUGCCAUAUCCUAAAAUAUAAGAAAAUAAACUUUAAUCCAAAGAUGAUUUUGGACCACAAGAUAUAUGUACAAUGAGGAUGAAUGAAGUAGAGAGACUGAUGAUGAGAGUUUCUGAAGUGAUGGUGUAGAAUUUCAAUACUUCUGAAGAUUAUUGCACAUGUUGAACACAUACCUUUCCAAGGGAUUUUAUUUAUAGAAGUGCAUUUCCUCACCAUUUUGUUGAAAAAUUCCUUUUUGUAACAAAAUGUAAAUUAGCACUUGAAGUGAGUCCUUAGGGUCUUGGUGGGUAUUACAACAUGUAAAUACAAUGGCCCAAUUUCUUUACUGCAUCUUAGCCUGCAAAUGAUUAUAUUUCCGGUUGCCGCAACUCUCCGUGAAGAGAGGCUAUUGCUAGGAAAAAAAAAUAUAUGUCUGCAUUUUCUUGCUACAUGUAGCUCCUGAUUUUUAUUCACAGCAAAGCAGAGAACAAUAUUUAGAUAACUUUAUUGACUCAUAAGUGCACAUACACGUAAGUGUACAUACACAAGAAAUCAAAGAGCUGAAGAGCAGUCUCCAGGCCCUAGAAGUUGAGUUCUGUAUUAACAAUGCCAACAUCUACCCAAUUAAAUUCAUCAACAAGAUGCACUUGGAAGCAGGUGCCUUAAAGGUGAAACGGCUUAUAGCAAAGAAGGGGAGCAUUGCCUUGGAGGUAAGCAUGGGAACCAAGCGAGCGCCAACCACCCAGCACUGUCAUACUGAAAGAGUUCAGUGGAAUACUUACCAAAACCCAUACUUACCUAUCCGGGGAUGGCAGAAGUGGGAGCAAAACCAACAGAUAUCACAGGCUGUGAACAGCGGUGAUCCGCAAAGAUCAGCAAAGCAAAGCAGAGCUGAGAUAUGCAACCUCAUGUCAGCCCGAGCAAACCAAGUGGCCACUCCACACAAACCUGCCUGCCUGGGGUUCAACCGCUGACCCACUAGCAUUGUCUAAAGGUUAACCAUCUUUAAGGGUAAUUACAGUUUAGCCACAUUUAUACUCAUUGACAAGAUGAGCUUAGGAGAAGGUGUCUUAAAGGUGGAAAGGCCUAUAGCGUUAAAGGGGAGCAUUGCCUUGGAGGUGACCAUGGCAACCAAGCAAAUGCCAAACACCCUAAAAACUCCUCCAACCACAGUGCUUGGACGCCAGAGGGACUGCAAGAACGGGUGCCAUGGGACCUACAAGACCCCAACACCCCCAUUCCCUCACCCUCAAUGAAGGUAUAAAACAAAAAAGUAAGUAAGCUGGGAUCAUGACAAACCAGCCAAAGCCUCUGCAGGAGUGCAAAUUUACAGCUGGUAAGCAUUGCUCAUUGAGCAUCCCAGUGCUUAAAUGAGGGAAUUCGGGAAUUCCUUGCCUCGUUGCUCCAGUGGCCACACCUUUUCCUUUUUAAAGAGGUGCCACUCUAUUUCCUAACCAACUUCCAGAGGUGGUAAUGGUUGUGUUGUCUGAUCAUGGUAACUCCUUCUGUCUUGUUAACUCAAUCUUCUUUUCAACACCUUUGAUUAUGUGAGGACAUAGCAAGGCUGAGGCAGUUGGCAUUAGUGUCUUAGUUCUUUGAGACAAGAGCCUCUGUGCAGCACCUGAUGCAAUGGUUUCAACAGGCUAAAUGACGGUUGGAGAAGUUUUUCCUGUAUUCUUCAACAAAGGGCAAGCCAAGGAUCUCUUGAUUUAAUGAACAAGAUGACUUAGGCUCCAGGGACAAUUAGGCACUUUAGAGGCUUGUGGUGUUUUCUGAAUUUGCACACACAGAGCAUUGAAAUAUGAUCUUUAACCCUAGGGAUAAAUGAUGAAGCAUGAUUUAAUGCCAAGAUGACUUCCAUUAUGCAGGUAAGAUCGUUUUCCAUUAUGCAGGUAGAUUUCCUCAUUAUAAUAUUAUUCCAGUAUUCUUGAACAGGUAUGGGUACCUCACUUUUAAGUUCAGGCCAUCCUACCAACAUUAUUGCCUUUAAGCUUUGGAGUUCAUCUUGUUCGGUCGCUUCUGUGGUUGUGCUAAACUUCCACUUGAACAUGUGAAGGAGUCCAACGGGUUUAAGGCUUCAACCUCUGAGGCAAACACUUGGAACUCUUCAUCUUCUUCUCAUUUGCUGGCAAGAUAAGCUCUUGGCAGGUGAUCUGCUAAUUUGUGAGCCAGGCUUGUACAUUACAUCCAAAUUAAACUGUUGUAGGGGUAAUAACAUUCUCUGUUACCUUCCCAGAGCUAUUAGCAUGGAUACCUUGAAAAUGGAUUGAAAUGGCUUGUGAUCUGGUUCUACAGUGUUCUUGUCUCGCCGUGAAAGGUAUUAGUUAAAGCAGUGGUAGGCGAACAUGAUUAUUGUGCAUAAUUAGUUUGCUCUGUUGGUGUUAAUGUCUUUGAUGUAAGCACAACUGGCUGGCUGUUCUGGAGAACCACAGAGCCCAAUAUUCUCUCUCUUGCAUCACAUGUAGGGUGACUUCUUUAUCGUAGUACAUUGUAUUUAAGAACAGGCUGGUUCACCCCUAGCAUCUUAAUUUCUUGGAAGGCUUUUUCACCUUACCUUAACUGUAUCACCUUCUCCUUAUCAGGAUCUGCUUUGAGUCCAUCCUGUGACCCAUAAACUUCACUUCAGGCUUCUUCAACUCCAUUUUGCUGCUGUUUAGGUUAAGAUUAACUUUGCAUACUCUUUCUAGUAAUUUGAUUAAGUUCUUAUCAUGAUUACUGACUUCUUGCUCUCCCGUUGCAGCAAAUCCCAUAACAAAGAUGUGAUAUCUAAUCACGUCUACACCUUCCAUUUAAGUCUGACAGUUUUUCCUGUUGGAUAUUCUCAAAUUCUUCAGGUGCAAGGCUUAAACCAUAUUAAGGGCAUACGCAGACAAUGGUAGUGUCCAAAACUAUCUGCUGCUGCCUUCAUCAAGCGUACUGAAGGUGUAUGGUAUUUAGGAUGCUGAAUUACUUUGUUCAGUUCCUGAGGGUCUAAGCAUAAUAUUCAGAAUGUCAGUUUUUGGCAGCCACUAUCACAAUUAUUGCUGAUCCACUCUGUACGGGCUGCUUUUUCACCAUGAUACCAUUUCUUUCUAGACCUGUGAGCUUCCCUGCCACUUCCCUCUUUAGGGCUAUGGGUAUGUGUCUAGAGGUGUGCUGUACUGGAACUGCUGAGGGAUCAACUACAAAUCUGCUAGUGCCAAUGUGUCUAAGAUCUUUGAAGACAUCACCAAAAUCUCUCAGUAUACUCUCUGCUGAUAAGAGAGCUUGUUUUUCAUCCUAGACUAGAACUUCAGCUUGAGAUGCUACUUUGAGAGGUUUUACUUUUGACUGGUUUCUGCGGAUAGUAAAGCUUUUUAUUGUUUGUUUCACCAAUGACUUGAAACUUUGAAACAAUAAAGUAAUUGUGAUUCUCCACCAUGUAAGACUUGGAGAUCAACUUUGCCAAGAGGCUUCAUCAGGUACACUGUAGCCGUCAAGUACACUAUAAUUUAAUAUUAAAGCUUGGCUUUGCUAGUUUCCAUGGAUUACCAUCUUGCUUGAUAAUCAGCAAAUCUCUAUAGCUGCAUGAGUACAUUACAGGUGACUUCUGUACCCAGCUGACAUUUAAGCUUGGUUUCCAGCUUGUUUUGAUUGUAGAAACUGAGUUUUGGGAACAAUCAAUUAUCACAGGACUCCAUAAUUGAAAUAUCUUCCUGUUUGAGAACUGGUUCCUCUGAAUCUGACUUUUCGUAGCUUUCUUUUAGGAGUUUAACUUCAUCUUUCUUCUUCAGGCCAUACACAUGCUUGCAAAAUUAUCGUAAUGGCACUUGUGUUGGGUACACCAGUUCCCGCACUUCUUAUUACCAGUGCUAAGGAACGAAAGGAAAGCUUCUUCCAAAGAAAUCUCUUACAUGUGUGUACGCUUUAGAGACAAAGCGAUUGAUAUCGUGUGUUCUAACGAAAUAACCAGCAAGCAAUUGGAGUCAAUAAAAGUCGCCACCGCCAGCCUGACGAAAUUUAGAUCUCAUAGUUAAACGGGAAAAGUAAGAGUUCCAAGAAGCUUUGUUUUGAUUUGUUUUUGUUUUACAAGCUUUUCUGGACACAGGCCUGCCCAGAGGGAAUAGGCACGAACGGGACUCAUACUGUAGGUCCCAUGCAAGGUGCCAUCCAUACCCAAUCCCAUAACCCGUAAAGGUUGGCCACACCACCGGGGUCUACGUCCCCUACUCUUUUCGAACAGUAGUGUUGGUUCUUUUACGUCCCACAAGAACAGAUCAGUGAAAGUGCUGUGAGAUGGGACCUACGGUUUUUCGUUCUUAUCCGAGAAGACUAGAAAGUCUAGUCAUUUGCAGAUGUCAUUACAAAGGCAGCACCUUCUUCUCAGUUAUUUAAAGACCCGAAGUGUUGGUCCGGCCGGCGUUUGAACCCGAGACCUCCCGCUCAACAGGCCGGCGCUCUCCCAACUGAGCUAACCAGGUGGCGGUAAAAGCCGCCAAAAAGCAGGAAAUAAACAAGGAAAGAAUCGUUUCCCUACUGGAAGCGAAACAACAUUCGUGCAUGUCAACGAGGCCGAUGACUAAUCUGUCAGUCACAGAUUAAUUCAUCUGUUAUGGUUCCAGAUUAAUAAUAAUAAUAAUUUAUUCAUUUAUAGUGAGUUUUUUAACAUCCUAGGUGAUCAAAAGUGCAUUACAGCAAUAAAUAACCUAAAAACUAUACAAAUGUUAGAAGUAUACAAAUAUAUUUAAUAUCUAAGAGAUAUUAAAAGCUAAUUUAAAAAGAUAAGUUUUAAGAUUAGAUUUAAAAGUAGAAAUACAUUUUGAUGCUGAGGAGGCUAACAGGAAGAGCGUUGCAUAAAGUGGGCGCAGCCACACUGAAGGAUCUGUCACCAAAUGACUUUUUCAUUUUCUCUGACGGAUGCUUUAAUAAAACACCUUCAAUAGAGUGCAGCAAAUAGCGCGUAUUAGUCUUAGUAUGAAUUAAAUCAAUAAUGUAACUACAGGUGCCAUGCCAUAGAGGGCUUUGAAAGUAAGUAAUAAAAUUUUAAAAUUAAUUCUAUAUCUUACUGGUAACCAGUGUAAAUUUAUCAAAAUGUGCAUAAUAUGGUCAUACUUUUUACAUGACAUAAGCAGCCUAGCUGCAGCGUUCUAUACUCUUUACAACUUAGCUAUUUCACAGUCCGGUAAUCCAUAAAUCCGUAAAUUCACAAGACAACGCAAGCUUUCGAAGGAGUGAUGUAGUUGUCAAUUGAUUCUCCUUUUUUUUGCUCACAAGAACUAAAGACAUACCAUUCAUAAAAUAUGUUGUGUUGUGGCUUGAAAUGUAGUUUUCUAAUGCAUUCAUGCAUACUUGAAUAUUAUUCCUGACCUUGUCCAAGGUAUUAAGAUGAAGAACGUAUCAUUACACCACCUAUUGAAUAAUACCAAAAUUAAUGUAAUCUGUAAUAAUCAUGAAUAUCAGUCUGUGCACAAGCACGGUGUACGUGACUUUAGUACUCUUUUGGCAUUACACCCUUGCAAUGUUGAAUUAGAUUUAUUUCUUGCUUCAUUUUUCUUUUUAUGUUUUAUCCCACAUUUGAACUGGCAUGCAGUGGUCUUCUGAUUCUUUAUACAUCCUUUGUGGAAUGUUCAAGAGAGGGAUUAUACAGGUAUCGACAUGUUUUAAGUUUGUUGAGAUGUUUCCAAUUACAUGUACAUACAUGUACCCUAUUGGUGUUUAAUUUUACUGCCCCGUCUAAGCAUAUUUUGCUAUCAUAAAUUAGCCUGUGUAGCAUGGCGGUUUUGGUUGGAUGUACAAAAAAAGCUGGACGCCACUCAGUAGUGCGCCCGACAAAACUGUCAUGCUACACUGGCUAUUGUGAAAUAGUUACAAAAUAGGUAAAUAUAUAAUACCAGUUAUUAAAUAAAUCCUUGUGAAACUUAAUACUCCCCAAAAAUGACAACUUUAAUACAACAACAUAGACAGGACAUGUAUCGACAAGUACAUAGAUUAUCAACUGGUUUUAAUGAUGAGUUCAAUUUUGUGUCUAAUCUUUUGUGAAAUAACAGUUUAAUAAUAGUUUAUCUUAAAAGUUAUUUUUUUUGUGUUUUCUUUGUUCCAGUUUAUCUAAAAAAAUUUAAAAGUUCAGGGACUUUUUGUAAAAUAAAAAGAAGUUGAGAACGUUUAAAUUGCAAAGUUUAAUGCCCUCUUUGAUAUUUGCCUAUUGAAAUUGUGAUAAUAAAGCCACUUAAAAUACUCUGUCACAAAAACUGUGAAAUUAAGUACCUGCUAUAUAUUGAAGUACCAAUAAGUUGUGCUGAAGCUGGCUUACUGAUACUUUUGUUUGUGUUGUUCUUUCGAUUAGUGCUUAUAAUGAAGAAAUUGGUUUUCCUCAAUUGUCUUUCACUGUAUGGCUCCAUUAAAGUCAGCUUGGCAAUUGAAUGUACAAUGUACCCUUUAAGUCAAUUUACAAAGUAAUGAGCAGGAUCAUUAUUAGUAAAUUUAGAGGUGCAGUUUUUCAUUUAUUAUUGUCUUAUUAAACAAUAAUAACAACAGAAGAAAAAAAGGAAACAACAAAACAGUAAUGCUGAUUGUACAAUGUAAUUAUGCAUUAGGUUUGGUCAUUGGAGAAACCUGAUUGGACAUGUAAGAUAGACGAGGGAUUAGCUGGACUGACAGCUGUGAGAUGGAGUCCAGAUGGUCGCCACAUCUUGUCAACGGCUGAUUUUCAGGUAAGGUUACAAUGCAGUGAUUAUAUAGGUCUUUCAAAGGUUACAUCAGUAUUUAAUGCCUGAGUUGCACAUGGAGGUUGGGUGCCAAGGGACCUGGGGGCUGGAGCUGCCUACCCCUAACCCAAGUAGCAAGAACACCCCAAAAGCCUGCCCUACCUGCAACCCAGCCACGAGCCCCACCCACCUUGCCAGAGGACCUCUGGGUUGACCCAGCCCGGAGUGAUGGGGGCUUGUGGCCAAUAAGCCACAGCCUCCAGGGGAGCAGACCUGAGGCACCCAACCCCAGUAGCAAAAAAGGCCGCAAACACCAUACUGUACAUACCACGCCAAUUGAGAGAGCCAGCUGAUGUACGGAAAUAGCACUGAUAUGCAUCACUAAACCAUCACCCCAAGGUCUUAAUCAGGUGAUCUGGAAGUCCCCGGGAUGCCGCUGUUCUAGCAGCACCGAUGCGGAAGCUAUGCCGAGAGUAACUACCCGAAAGGCCUAGCAAAUGUAAAAUAGACUGUACUGAGGAAGACAGCAGGUGAUGUGUCAAGGGACGACCCUCUGUAUAGCAAGACAAUAGCCCUGGGGAAGGGCCACACACCGCCAGAAAGUUGCCCAAUGUCUCCACUGGGCAGACAGUGUUAUUGCCCCGACCUAUGUAGAUGUCACAGCCAACAUGAAAGGGAUCCGUCUUUGAACGCUUGAUGUGAAUUUUGUGAAACAGGUAGGAUCCCCAGAGGAAUCGGCCUGCACAUCACUAAGCCCCAGAUGAAUGCUCGGGACAAACGGUGAAUUGAUAGUAAAUUUGUCAGCACUUAAAAAGCCAAAGAAACCUACGCAGCUUGCCGCCUAGAGCAUAACGUGGUCCCUGGAGUGCAGAUUUAGAGAGCGCUUAAUAACGUGCAAGAUAUCAAUAGUGAUGGGAAGGCGCGUAAGGGAUGAGGAACCCUGCACACGCUUAAUCCCCCUCAGGAGACACUGAAGCUGCAAACAAUUGAUAAGAGGAUCUGGUAACCCACUGUCAAUGUGAAGGGACUGCACCGCGCUAAGGUACACGUUGAUGGAUGAAUGAUUAAGGUUACUACUACUACCACUGUGGCCGAGCAAGAGCAUGCCUCGAUUCAGCACGCCUCUUUCAGGUCUCCCUAUCCAACAUAGAUGAUUAAGGCUAUUCGCCAACAACGUGGCAAAAUGAAUGAAAGUCUGCUUAUCGGCUGGGAGAAGGGCACCAUCAGGACUAAGAUGUUCAUCUUGACGGCAGAAAUCAACGUAGCGACGUUGUACGGACAAGUACACCUGACGCGUAGACGGAGCAAGGCCCUGAGUGAGGAAGAAAUGGCACUUAUCUGUCAUGCGUCGCGUAGGACUGUGAGGAGAUCCGGAGAUGAGGGGUCAGCAUUCUCUGCUUGAAGGGCUAGGUGCUGGAAACGCUGAAACUGGAAACGGGAUAGAGUAUCGGUAACUGGGUUAGCUUUAGCAUGAACAGAUGAGGCCUUAAAGGAAAAGGAAUGGCGCACUGCCAACAAUGCUAAGAAAUGCAUCGGAACCAUUAAAGGAAGAAUCUCUAGAGGUGCUAAAAGACAAAACAGCCACCUCCAUUUCAUUGUUAUACCAGAACUCGACCCGCCUCGAGGACUAUUUAGGACCCCAUAAGUACGCAGCCACAACAAUGGGAAGCAGUUCCUUGUACGCAAUAAACAGGGGUUGCUGUGAUGCUGACCACAGACCUCCAAACUACUGGUUGCUGAAGAUGGCACCAUAGCCCAGAGUACCUGCUGCAUCAAAUGAAACUUGGAAAUCAGGAAGAAAGCUUAUUCUGACAUCAAGAAGAAACUAAGCCCAUCUCACUUUUGCAAAAGAUUGCACCACCAAGUCAAGUACAGACGGAAUUCCUGCUUUAAACGAAUUGGAUGGUCAUCACGUUGGAAAGCAUACAGUACGUUAAUCAUGCGAUGGGGGAACGUUCUAACCUGGGGGGCGAACUUGCACGCAUGGUGUAGGUGACCAAUAAGGGACUCAGCAGAGUAAAUCGCUUUCUCUUUUCAGCGGGAAGCCGGGCCUGUAGCAUGACUGAGCCCAGCAAGUAGACGGGCCCUCAAGCUUGCCCGGGUAGACAGGGAGGCCAACUUUGGAACACAGCUGAAUACACGCCUGCAAAUUGUUGUGACACACCGAGGCUGGGGGACCCAAGGUGAGAAAAUCAUCUAAAUAGUGACGAAAGCAAUCAACACCGUGGCGACAGGUCAGCAUCCACUUGACCAUGUCCGCAAUAGCAGUAAAAAUGUAUGGAGCCGACUAAAGACCAAACAGGAGCGCCAUGGCCACGUAGUAUUUUUCCCGUCAAUUCAUUCCCAAAGGCUGGCGAUCCAAAGGAUGCAGCAUUGCGAUAGGCGCUCGCCGCAUCAAACUUCGUCAUCAGUGCCUCGGCCUCGGGCCAUGAUGCCAUCAAUAACGUACUAGAGUGAAAAGGGAGUCUUUGAAAUGCCGUCAUUUACACUAUGGCCAUCUGGAGACGCCAGGUCCAGAAUCAAGCGCCAUUUUCUUGGCUGGUUGCUUUUUGGAACCUUCCCAAAACGGCUGAUGUGCAAAUCUGUAAACGGCGGUUGAAGGGCCCGCAACCCAACCACAUAAGACUUCAGUCGCGAGGUAGGCAUCAAUGACGGACGCGUGAUCGAAGGCAGAACGCAUGUUGAAUGAGGCUGACUGCAAUGAGACUGGCAAGGCCUCCAAGCUAAUACGAAUACCGUUAUGGAGACCUUCUAAAAGGUAUAUUGUAAGCCGUUGCUGCCUUAUCAGGGUAAUCAACCAACUCCGCUUGGAACUGAGAAAACUGUAACGGACACACUAAAUGUACAGGUGCUAAAGGUGAAAACGAGCGGAUAGCAACGGACACGUCAUGACAAUCGACAGAACUAGAACAAAACGAAGCGGCUGAGCAAGGCAGUCCACAAGGGUGGUCAGGACGAACAGGAACAGUACAUACGCUAUUUACAGGAAACACUGUAGGCGGCUGGAGCUCCUUGGGAGCGAGAGCGAUUGGUGCUGGGAGAAAGAAACGGGCAGCGUACCCUCGGAUGGUCUCCGUCACAGGAGCUGCAAAUGUGGCAGAAGCGGGAGUCCCCAAAAGGCCAUAGGCACCGACCUCUGUUCCUUGAGAUACAGUAUGGGGGGCGGGCCUUGUUUCCCCAGUUAGCUGCCACUGGUGUGGUUGGGCUGAGGACGACGGCAAUGAGGUGGAGAGAGGUGGCAAGCACAAGCGAAACUUCAGACAUGAACAUUCAGAUGCCCCAGUUGCCCCAGAUGCCCCAGGUGCCCCAUUAAGCACUGUAAAACUAUGAGCACGUGUAAACGCGCACGCAUAAAUUGCAACAGUUAACUGCUGACCAAGGGGGCAUUGGAAAUUGUCUUACCACAGGCCUAGGACAGUAACACAAACCUUGCCAAAAACGCCAGAGCACGCCAAUAAAACGCUAACAAACGCCAACGCUACGCUAACGCCCAGCCAACUACUGAGCAGCUAGCUUCUCCUCGUUAACUAAGUUAAUAAGUAUAUUUACUUUCAUUCCGCCUACAUUAGAACCCUAACAAAAAGCUUGCCCCAAUAGUUUAAAUACUAGUUAAUCUGAAGAAGUUAUAUGUGUCAGCAGCUGUUCUUAUAUAUAGUAAUGAAGAAUUAUUUUAAAUUUUUUUGAUUCCUUCUCCAAUCCAUUUUUCACACGGGACCAAUGGACCACCCAAAUUAUUUUUGUAGUGUAGCGCACCUCAGUUAUUUGUUCUUUUCUACUCUUUAUAGUUCCUUGAAAAAACUUUUAAUCGUCAUUACAUUGUACAAAAACAAUGUAUAUCAAUGUUAAAUAAAAGCAAUAUCCCUAGUAGACAUAGCCUGUUCCAGGCGUUCGGAUAGUGGAUUGUGCUGCUAAGUCAGAGAACGGGAAAAAAUAAGAAGGAAGAGAGGGAGAGAGGAGAGACUCACCCCCCUACCCUAUCCCACCCCCUCACUGGGGGGCUCUCGUAUUUAGCAAAAACCUGGGUAUGUCAAUUGGUGCCUAAUGAACAGGAUAUGGUUUACUCUGUGUACAUGGUUCUUGAGUCUUUUUUCACUAUAUAGAGUCUUGACCAAGGUUUAUUUUUUGGACCAGCAGCAUCGUGACUGUAUAUUAUGAACUGACGAUAAUGUCUUACAGUAUGCUUGAAGAAACUAUUAUAACAUUAUCAGGAUGGGCUCCUGCUAUUAUACAAUCAUCACAAUUUAUUAAUUACAAUUCAAUGUGUAUUUUGAGAAGUUUGCCCUUUAAUAAUCUUUUUUUUUUUUAAUCAGUUACGUAUCUCAGUAUGGUCUCUUGUAAGCAAGUCUGUCAGCUACAUCAAAUAUCCUAAACAUGCAAAUGCAGGUAAAUACUGUCCAAUGUAUGUACAUUUAAGUUCUAAGUUCUUCACUAAGUUUUGGAGUAGCCUGCAGUGCAGGCGUUUUCUUCGUACGCGCGAAUGUUUUUGCUCGCGAAAGCACAAUGUUGAAACUCCAAAAGAGAAGAGGAAAUGGGGCGAGUCAGGGGCACCUACCCUAAGGGUUGCUAUUUCUACUCUCCCCAAUCUUCCUCUGUCAUAAAAUUAAAGGUAGCGGCUACAACAAUACAAACACAAACAAGCAGCUUUCGCCCGCCCAAAAUACGCCUGCAUUGCAGGCUAGUUUUGAAGUAACUCUAUUUUAUUUAUUGUUUAUGGAAAAGUUCGGUAAAAUGCAUUAGGUGAAUUUUGAUCUCUCUCUGUCAUAUACCCCCACCCAUCGUCGCAAAGAUUUUAAAGUAAGGAAGUUAGUUUUAGAAGGAUCAUCAGUACAUGUACAUUUCCCAUUCUUUUGGCGAAAUUCAUCAGAAGAACUUAAGGACCCAUUCUGUGCACUCACUGCCACAAAACAAAAAUCGGUUUGUCAGUUAUAAUGUUUGGGCAGGUUUUACAAAACACUUGACGAGGACAAUAAAUUAUACUACAUAAUAAUCUUCUUCAAUAUUAUUAGUCUUUUUUAUGCCAUAUUGUUUCUUACUAGGCCUCGAUUUCAGUAAAGAUGGAAAAUACAUGGCAUUAGCGGAAAGAAGAAACUGCAAAGAUUACAUUAGCAUUUUUCAUUGUUCCUCUUGGCAAUUAGUAAAGGUACAUGCAUUAUAAUUAUGUACAGUAGUUGUACGGCAGAACUGCAUUAAGGUAUUUUGAAUGUUCACAUUUAUCUGAUAGACUUUAUUCUUUCAGUCCUAACUACAUGUAUCUAACAGUACUUUAAAGCCAAAUUAAAAUUUUACAGAAAACUUCAAUUUUAAUUUUUUUCUUCUUGUAAGAUGAAAAUAAUAUAUAUUAUAGUAAUACAUUAUAGGUUAUAUUAGAAUGGUAACACCAAAGGAUUUCAUCUACUAGUUCCAAAAUUAGUUUUUGACAUUUUAAAAAUAACAAAUUGACCACAUUUUUUAUGGCCUUUACUCUUAUUUACCAAAAAUAUGAUGUAAAAAAAUGUUCAAAACUCACUGUGUAAAGUUUUAGACAUUCACGUCUGCAGACUGUUUGCAUCCCUGUUGCUAAGGAUGUCUGAUAGUCUAAUGUUUUAUGUUCUUGUUUAAGGCAAGUUCAGUGUAAGGCACGAGAGACACCAAAAGUCGUGUUUCUAUUAAAUUGUACGUUUUAAUGUGUCUUUCAGCACUUUGAAGUGGACACAAAAGAUCUUGCAGAUUUAGCUUGGUCACCUGACGGAAGAGUUUUGUGUUUGUGGGAGUCCUUGCUGAGAGUAAGUUUGAGCAGGCAUAGUCAAUACUGUAGUAAUAUAUUUACAGAAUUUCGUUUAGAAUGUUUAAGGGAUUUUAAUUACAUGUACAUCAUUCCUAAACAAAAACAAUAAUAAUUAAUUUUAAAAAGGAGGAGGACGAACCUACAAUUUAUUUACACGUACAUGUAACAUGCUGCGUGAUCAGCAUAGAGAAAAUUACCCCAUUUUUUUUUUUCCUCUGACAGUAGAGCCUAUUUGCUUCGGAAAUGUAGAGAUCGACGCUUUAGUUUUUUUCAAAGGAGUUGGAAGGUCUUUCCAAAUAUCUGUAGCCGUGAACGGUGUUGAUUAUUGGCCUGGCAGUGUUUUUACAUGAACAGAUUCCUUCUCUCCAGUUCACUCUUCCUCAUUUGGACAAAGCAGAGUGCUUCAUUUAGUAUGGUUAUCUCAGAGUGUGGGAUCUAAAAGCAAUCUUUUGAUCAAGCAUCGUUUUCGUAGGUUUUUACUGACUACUGUAGUUCACCAAACGCAUUGAAACGAUAUCAAAUCUAAAUAAUUAUCCAUACAUGUAUAAUCUACAGUUCACAAAAGUACUUUGACGGGGGCUAAAUAUUCUCAACACGUUAUUAUCAGCUAGAGCUCCAGAUAAUGUGCUCCUUGCGUUUUUUUCAAAGAUCGGUUUGACUGACCUUUGUAUUUUCUGAUGGACCAGUACUGGUUGAGUUUGCACAUUAACAGGAUGAGUGUUUUAAUAAUGUGCUGCACGUUUCGUAGCAAGUUAAUUUCCUCAAGGGUUAGGAUUGUGUAUUCAGAGUGAGCGUUGGUCCUUGGCGUCAUUUUAAGUCUGGCAGAGGUAUUGACUCUUUGCUCCAACAAUGGCUUUGGUCAAUUUUGUUGGCAUUUUUUGUUUGACUGAAAGACUCCCUGCUCCAGUUUUCCCCCAUUUAUGAUCUUGUAGGAGGAUGCGAUUGUCCAUGAAAACGUUUAGCCCGUUUUGUUCACAUUCAUAUCCAAAGAUUAUGUCCUCAAACACUUGAAGUUCUGGUCGGUAGUAAACGCCCUUUUUCUUGAGCAACUUAAGGUUAAGAUACGGCGAUCCGUGAAGGUGAACAAAGAAACGGAUUUUUCAACGGCCCUCGAAAUGGCCUGAAUCGCUUUGGACUCAUUGCUGCAAUGGGGUGUUUUGACUCUUUUACUAGCAUUUCAAUUCGCUCGAAGACAAGUUCAAACGGUCGGCGCCUGUUUUGCUUAAUACAAGAUUUUGGUCUAUUUUCAGGAUUAUAUUCAUAGAAGCAUUCAACGCUGUCAUCAGUCAUCGAAAUGAAAUGCAACUUCAAACGUAAUGCAAUUUUCUGGAUCCAAAAUCUUGCAUAACCCGCUCCGAAUUCCUCCUGUGGGAGGCUGGUAACAUGGAACCUGUGCCCAUGAUUCCUCACGUACUUUUCGAACUCAAAAGGCCUGACUUCUACUAUCCUGAUAGUCGAGUCCUCGGUGAUAAUUUCGCCAUCAUGAUCACAAUUGUCAUCGCCAUCCUCAUCGUCGUUGUUCUCAUCGUCAUCAUCAUCAUCUAAAUCAUCAUUGUUAUUUGUAACCUUCAUCAUCCUCGUUCUCGUCCUCCUCUUCAUCCUGAUCAUCAUCACCUGGACACUUCAUUAAGGCAAUCUCUGCUCUGCAAAAGCAGGGCACGAAAAUCCAUCUUUUGUCUUCUUUUUGGGGUUCAAUAGAUCUUAUUCGCUUCCCUUGUUCGAUGUUGAACCAAUCUAUAAACGAGCCAGGCAGAUACAUGUUUAAUAUUAUAUUCACAGUCAAGGUGAUAGUAGUUUGCUAUAUUUGGCUCUUUAGGAUGCUUUGAAGAAAAGGCCUUUAGCUUUUGUUCUUCGUCAACAGGUGAAGCCUUGUGUUUUGGUCUCACUCCUUUCUCCUUGAACUAUUUCUAGUACGUGUGGAGUACUAGAAUCAAGACUAUCCUUUUCUUUAUCUGUUAAUCCCAUGUUCUGUUUCAUUAAACAUUCUAGGUCUUCUCGCCAUGAUUGCCCUUUAAUCUCCUUUAUAAGAUCGGAAUAAAUUUUCUCCAAACCAACCGUGCCUUUUGUACACCAUUUUGCUGUCAAGGUGUACACCGUCGACUUGCCAAUACGAGAAGCCAUUUCUAACUCUUCGACGUCAUUCGGCGAUCGGUCUUCCCAAGGGUGAUCCUUCAUCCACUCUCCUUCACUUAUUGUUUCGUCUCCCUUAUCUUCGCUACUACGUUAAGACUCGAAGGAACAUUGGGUUCGGAUUUAAUACUGCUUGCGGCUUUAUCCUUCGACGAAUUUCCACGCUUCUUUUUCUGAGCUGUUUGGUCUUCCAUACCUUCCUCGUUUUUCCUUUCUUCCUGACCUUUGUCAGAGGGUUUUUUCCCCCUGCUACUCAUUCUCGUUUACAAACUAAAACCUUGAGGUACACUUUUCCUGUAAUGCGAAGUUUGAUUAAGAAUAUUCUCAACUGAGGAGAUGGCUGACUGACUUCUUGUUGUCGACACCUUUCCACACUAUGGUCCUUUUUUUUCUUUUUUUUUUUCUUCUUUUUUUUUUCAUGUAUUUUAUUUUAGAAAAUUCCUCUUAUUCGGCAAUUAUUUAUUUAUGUUCUGUAUUUAGUCGUGACAUUUAUCCAUGUGUAGAUAGCUGGAUGCGAAAGUUUCAUAUCUACCUUCCCCCCCCAAAAAAAUUGACCAAAUAUUUUGGAUCUUAAAAAAGCAAAGUCUUUGCUCUUUUAUUCCCCUUACUUUCUGCUUUGUUUGCUUGAUCUAAUUUACAGUAGGAAAUUGAAAUUCACAAAUAAAACACUCUGUUUAUAUUACAGAGGGAAAUUCGGCAAUUAUUUAUUUAUGUUCUGUUUUUUUGUCGUGACAUUUAUCCAUGUGUAAAUAGCUCGAUGUGAAAGUUUUAUACCGUAAAAUUCCGAAAAUAAGCCCGGGGGCUUAUAUUUUUCAAAGGCUUUUUUUGGGGGGCUUAUUUUUGAAGGGCCUUCAUUCGGAGGGGCUUAUCUACGGAGGGAAAUUUGCGUUUCAAAAUCGACUGGGUUAGCCUUAUAGCUGGGAAUGAAUCUACCAUUUUUGCUUUGUUUUACUAUAUAUUUGAGGGUAAUUUUCCAAGUUCAAGCCCCCGGGGGGCUUAUAUUUGGAGGGGCGAUUUAACGGAUUGUUUUUUGCUUUACCGGUUUGGGGGGCUUAUACAUGGAGGGGCUUAUUUUCGGAAUUUUACGGUAUCUAUCUUCCCAAAAACGUUUAACUGAAGAUUUUGCGUCUUAAAAAAGCACAUUCUUCGCUCUUUUUAUACCCCUUACUUUCUGCUUUGUUUGCUUGAUAUAAUUAUUUAAAAACGAUUUCGAAUCUAAACAGCAAGGUCAAAAGUUUCAAAGCAAUGACUCUUUUCUCGGAUUGCGUACCAAACAUCAGAUUGCGAUUGGUGGAACAUUUUCAAUUUUUUUUUCUUUUUAGAAAAUAAAUAAAAUUGAAGGCUACAUUAUGACUUCCUGUACCGAUUUUAAACUGAUUUGUGCAGAUUACGCCUACAAAUGGAGCAAGUCUCUCUUUCUGCUGAGCUUUUUAUUAACGCUUUUACCGUGUCCAUGGAAAGGAAUUUGCCUUCUAUCUCCACUUCUAACCCCGUGGCUAAUGUUACCAAGGCGUUUUCAUAAAGCCUGCUCUCUAGCGAACAACAGAAUACUGUGACCUACUACAAAAAGGUAACCCUACAAGAAUCCCAACCUGGAAGAUAUUACGUUGACUUUGCCGAUUGAUACAUGUAACUGAAAAACCUAUUAGCAAAGGAAUCGUUUAUUUCGGUGGUUGGUCGAUUUAAAUAGGGAAUUAUUUGUUUGUUUGAAAAUAGCUAUCUUCCUAUACUGCUUAUUGGUCCAUCUUGUUUUUCUUUCUAGUACGAACUGCUGCUGUAUUCCUUAGAUGGGCGUUGCUUAUCAAGAUACAGUGCUUAUGAGUUUGCACUUGGAAUCAAGUCUGUCUGUUGGUCACCUUCAAGUCAGUUUUUAGCAAUUGGCAGUUUUGAUGAGAAGGUGCGUGUCUAUGAAUUAAAAUAAUCAAGGAUGGCCUGGUUAACUAAUUUGACGGAUGAGAUCGUUUUGCUGAUUAAUAGCUACUUAUUAUUUGAAAGGCAGAAUUCAGAAUUCAGUAACUACUGCCCUUACCGACAUUCUUGCCAGUUAAGAACAAAAUAUUAAACACUAACUCAAUGACUUGCCCGGAGGGAAACAGUUAAUUUUGUUUCCCGAGAAUCUCAAUGUUUCCCGAGGCGGGGCCGAGAGAGACAUUGAGGUUCGAGAGAAACAAAAUUAAUUGUUUCCCUCCAGACCAGCCUUUAAGUGAUGUGUUAUAUAGCCCACGAAUAAAAACUUUUUCCUGUACAAAUUUAUAAAAAUAAAUCGCUCUGACGUUAUACAUCUUGCAAUGUUGACCGCUCAGAGAUUUUGGCGGUACACACUUUCAUUGUCAGAUGUCAUGUGACCUCGAAGUAACUAAGCCAAUGAGAACGCACACUGUUGGGAAAAAAAAUCCAGCUAUAUAACACAGAGUAUUAUGUGUAAUGGAGCAUUUGAUUCUUUCAUUUCAGUGUCGUAUUCUUAACAACGUUAAUUGGAAAAUAGUUGCAGAACAUCACCAUCCGCAUACUGUGGAUUCUCCCUCUGUGGUAAGUACAAACUACCUGUCACAUUCAGUUGUGUCAAGCAGAUUCAUUUAGGAAUUGGCCAAUCAGAGCCUCAGUCAUUAGGCCUACGUCAUGUGGUAUAUAUGUUGCGUAUGUCUUGGGUGUGGUCGCUUCUUUGUAAGAUUUCAGACUUUUAAAUACAGGUUGAGGCGAAACUGUAACGCGGGGGUAACGAAAUCGAAGUAAACAGACUGAUGUCAAAGAAAACUAAGCAAAAAAUGAUCCGCUAACACUUGUGUACUUCAAUCUUAUUUUCGUUAGAUUGUCUACAAGGAAGUAGAAAUGAAGCCACCUCUCCUGAGAGGAGAAAUGAUGCCACCUGGAGGAUUUACAGUGCAGAGUAAAUGUAAAGUUCUUCAGAUAAUUCAGUUUUCAUGACAUUGCAUCUAUAAUAUAUCCUGUAACUACAAGUUACUCCUCUAACUACAAGUUACGUGCAUUAUCCUUAACUUACUGGCCAACCCAAGCAUAACUCGGAACAUUAGAGUGAACAAAUUUAUGAUAACAAUAAUAGUAUUGAUGAAUAUAAUCCGUCAUGAUAAUGAUGAUGACAAUUAUGAUGGUGAUGGUGGUGGUGAUGGUGAAGGUGAUAUGAUGAUGAUGAUGAUGAUGAUGAUGAUGAUGAUGAUGAUGAUGAUGAUGAUAAUGAUGAUGAUGAUGAUGAUAGUGACCUUAAGCAACUACGACGGCGACGACGGCGGUGAAAACAUCGCUAAAAAAUGUAGUCGUCGUCGUAUUUGCUCAAGGUCCCUGAUGAUGAUGGCGACGACGACGAUGACGAUAAAGGUGAUGAUGGUAAUGAUGAUAAUCCCGAAAAAAGUUUAUCAAAAAUCCAGCAACAAAAAUAACCAUAGCGGAAAUAGAACGAAGAACUUAAUACUCACGUUCACAGCCAACAGCAUAGCAUUUUAACGUACAGACAACCACUUGAAUCACGAUAUGAUUGGCCAGUCGGAACGACAGCCAUAGUUGGUGGUUACAUUUAAACCCCUUAACUGACGCUACACAACCCUACACGAGUCGGUCAGUGUUUGUCUUUUAUAACAAAAUAUCAAAAUCCCUCUAUUUGAAUUUCAUGUAAGGCAGGGGCGGAUCUAGGGGGAGGGUGCAGGGGGUGCGCACCCCCCUCCCCCGCCCUGAGAUGACCUGCGGUUUUCUAAUGCAACUGGUAUUCUGCCAAAAAAAAAAACAAAAAAACUAUGUGGUUUAUUGGUGUUGAAGUAGAGCAAGAGACGAGUGCACCCCCUCCUAACAAAAAACCUGGAUCCGCCCCUGUAAGGCGUUUCAUACUGUAUGCUAUUGUACUUAUUUUCUUUUCCUUUUUUCUCAUGAAAUUUAAUAUUGCCUUUAUUGUCCUGCCUAGAUUAGCGUAAUAGCUGUUUGCGGGGCAUUAAGUAUUGUAUGGUUUAUAGUUCUGUUAAAAAAUACAUUGAUAUUGUAAUUUGUUGCUGUUGUUGUUGAUUUAUUUAUUUAUUAUUUUUUUCCUAGAUGAGGUACAGCCAGUGCCAUUCCAACUCCCCUCAGUGAAACCUGACGCAGAAAAACCAAACCCCAAACUGGGUGUUGGACAGGUCGCUUUUAGCAAUGAUAACAGAUUUUUAGCCACUAAAAAUGGUAAGUAACUCUUAACUUUAAUUCAUUACCCUCCGAUAGAUAGCCGUGCAGUUAUGAAGUGGUCACUUUCAUUCCUACCAUGCAGCUGUUGUCUUAUUUCUCUUUCAGACAACAUGCCCAAUGCUCUUUGGGUGUGGGAUUUACCUAAAUUAUGUCUCACUGCAAUUUUACUACAGUCAAACUCAGUUAGAGGUUUGUAUAACCGUAUAUAUUUUACGUAUAUAUUUUAGUUUAUUUAUUUAUUUAUUAUGUUCAAGUUUCACAGUACGUAUGCGUGUUUGCAAGUCCUCCAAGUUUAGCCGAUAAAAAAUUCGCAAGAUAUAUGCGGUGGCCAGAACAGAUGUCUUUUGCAGGGUGUGGCUGCGGCACUCGGCUUCAAUAGACAUUAUUAUUAUUGUUAUUGUUGUUGUUGUUAGGAUCAGUGAUUCACUGGUAAGUCUUUCCUUGGUUGCAACGAUGACGCCUUUAAUUAGACAUUGUCCCGUAGCACUUUGAUUUCUUAAACUCAAACCAUUCUAGAUUAAUUCACGAUCAGUUUGCCGCGCUAGGCGCGAACUUCAUGUUCACUUUAUUUCAGGUCCCGAGGGAAACGGUUAGUUUUGACAUCUAUUUCACUUUAUUUUCGUUUUGUAGCUUUCCAGUGGGAUCCUAAACAACCCCGACUGGCGCUUUGCACAGCAAAUAACAAGCUUUACAUGUGGUCACCCGCAGGCUGUGUGUCAGUGGUCGUACCCACCGAAGGUAGGGUCAUCGCAAAACGCUAAUUUACUUUGCAAUCAUCCCUCUAGUACGCUGAGGUAUUUUCAAACGACCUUCAUUUGCAGAGGUACCUAUUAUUGCGUUCGACGAAGGAAGAACGCUUCCUAAUCUCCUGGGUUGCCUGUUAUCGCGUAGGUUCCCUGUGCACGCAAGCGAAAGCUAACCCGUGUUUUUUCGUUCCAUGGUUCACCCUUUUUGAAUGACGUCACAAUUUCGUUGCGCAAAGCAUUCUGCCUCGUGCUUCGCUGUUUGUUGGAUGUUCGGAAGGUUCAAGCUUUAUUUACGUCAUAAGCAAUUGUCAUACGGCAAUCACGUGCAUCACUGGUUCCAUCAAGGUCAACUAGAUGAUUACACGGGGAUAUUUGAGUUCGGCAAAAGAAUGAACUUUGGAGUUGUUUUCUAAGCGGGUUUUAUCACUGAGCUGAUGAUUCUGCUAAACUUUUCGGUCAAUGCCGUUCAAAUCGAGCUGGAACUUCGUAGAAACACACAAAUAAAGACCAGGUAACAUUUGUACCGUGAGAAGUUUACCCGUGCGUUUGAGUCUAUUUACAUAUUUGUAGUUUAACCUCUUUCAUGCACGAAAAAGUAAGCUUGAGCGUAUCAGUGCAGGUUGUUACAACUGUAAUGCUUUAUUCACGUCUGAUAUCUCUACGCGGGUAAUUUUGCAUGAUAAGUAUCUCGCUCGCUGAAGCAAGCUAAGUUUAAAACAUGUUGAACUGACCUACAUGAACGUAAAAUAAUCAUGAGAUGAAAAGUUUGCACAAUGGCAAAAGAUUCUGUCCGGUUCUCUGACAUCAGCAAUCUAGCAGAAACCUAAUAUGUUUCCGUCGCUCCUAUGAUCAUUGUUUUCACUUCAAGUUGUGUCACGCAAGAAGCCAAGACUUUUAACCUUCAAGGCUACCAUUUUUUCGAAGUUUGUAGUGACAUGUUUAUCUUUUUAACAACAAAGAACUUUUUACGAUCUACUUUACAUUUUUGUCGACCAUGCUUGAGGGAGAGUAAGACAUUUUAAGAGUAGAGAGUUAAUGAGUGAGAUAUUUUGAAGCCGUAUACGCGAAGAACAUUUUUUACGAAAAGAAUGUUUACCUUUUAAUUCAUGAUCUCUUCCAUGAUUUUGAAAUCAAGCUUGACGACACAAAAGCUAAUCUGGAGCUAAGAAAACUCGAACGUACUUAUUGAUCUAUGAUUACUACUAGUAACAUAAAGAUACAGUUCUCGGCGAACAGAACUUGAGAAAUUCAUGACCCCUUUUCCGAUAAAAAGUUUCGUUCUGUACAACCACAAGGUUAUCAUCUUCUCUUGUUGAUCGUGUUUAGACUGUACUUUGUGUGAUGUCCUCUUCGUUUUAAACAUAGCUUUCCCAGAUGUGAUAUUAAGUGCCUGUUGGAGAGGAUUAAAGAAGGCGAAACACUCGUACGUGCAAUUGAUGUUGGAAUGUGUUGUUAUGAAUUUGCAUGAUCUACUUUUAGCUCGCAAAAGCGGGCUUACAAACGUUAAUCAAAUUACCUGCGUUUGCCACUUAAAUACUGAAACACAACAACAACAAAGGACAACGUCAUGUUGAUCGUUUAAAAGAGGAUGUUUUUGUUUGUUUGUUUGUUUGUUUUUAUUUCCCAUGCACAUUCAAUGUUUUUUUUUUAAUCACCAUGCACAUCUAGGAAAGCUGUGUUCAUCACGGAAGCAGCCUUUAUAUAAAGCACGGUUCGCAACUAAAAUAAUUAUUAAACCUGUGUUACAACUUUUUCCCCUUGUUUUAUGCUUUCUUUGUCAUCUCUUGUUUCAGCACCAUUUCACGUCACCUCAUUGCAGUUCCACCCUGAUGGUAACAUUCUCAUGCUUCUUGGGAAAGAUCAGAUGUGUCUUUGCUUUCUCACGGAUCCAAGAACAUAGUAUCAUGUUCACGGUGCUUCUUCUUCUAUGAGCUUAGUAUUAUAAAGCUUUAAAGCUAGGAUAAACCCCCGCAUUAAUCACUGUCUACCAGAUGAGAAAGCAGUUGUGUUAUUCAGUGGUUACUGUUAUGCAACUUGUUGAUAACUGAGGUCAGGAACCGGUCUCAUAAAGUAUCCAGAGAUUUAGUUUACAUUUUCUGCGUACCAUUCCUUUUGCUGCGGAUCUUCUGGCACGGCGAUAAGGAUAUCUCGGCCGGUGACGGAUUAGCGAGUAUUAGAAAUAUAAAAGCAGCAAGAAAAAAAAAUGCAUCAGUACUUAAGGAACAGUUGCAAAAACGCCCACUUAAUGUUAAUUUCCUUUUAUGCAGUCAGACACGGACAUUAAAAGGUAACUUUCUCAGGCGACACUUGCGCUGUAAAAUUAUAAUUGGUCUUCUGUUGUUCUUUUUCCAAACAUCGCACGGUAAAACUGCAAUGUGAAAUUCUGACAUUCAGUAAAUGCCUUUCGGCUCUUCAUAGAAUUGAUUCAGCUUCUUUCCUUAAACUGUCGAUCUGAGUUUCAACCACAUUGGUAAGGUGAUAAAAUCACUUGUUGUCACGUGACUAACAGCAUCCCACCGAAUCACUCCUUUAACACUAAUUUGUUUUCCCUCCGUUAGAAUGUUGUGUACAUAGUUUUACUGGUACAUUUAUUGGUGUACAACAGACUAAAUGCCUGAAGAAGUUAUUAAAAACGGUUCACUCUAGAACUAUGACUGCAUGACAAGGG